CUCCACUCCCCUUCUUCCCCUCUACAAAGGCGACGACGACUCUUUGCCAUCCUGAGAUUUCCUCAAAUGACUGUGUUUUCCCUCUUCUGAAUUCCGUCUCAUUGUCGCCGACGUCCGCUCUUUACCUACACACACCCAAAACACAACUAUGUUCGUGCGUUCCAUCCUGCUGGGUGGCGCCGCCGCCCUGGGCGCCAGCGCUAUGCUGGUUAUCCCCGAAAUGGAGCCACAGGUGGAGGCAGUUGAGGAUGGUUUCAUGAACGUUCAUCCUCUGCUGUUGGAGGAUAUCCGCCACGCAGUGGUCGACGUUCCUUGCCGGGAGUGUCCCUUCCGUGAGGUUGACGAGGAGGGUGCUGUCAGCUGGACUGAGGGCAAGUCGUCGUCUUUGAUGCUGGACUUCUCCAUCGAAGACAACCGCCUACUGGCUAAUGGCCGCCAAAUCUUCCCUCCCGUUCCCCCCAGCCCUAUUCGCGCCGUCCAACAACUUGAAGAUGGCGAGGCCUCGGAGCCUAUGCCCGUCGGCUAUGCCCUGGAGGUGAUGCCGCUGGGAUCCCCCGAUGAUACCCCCGGAACCGACCUGCUCGAUGUCCGAUUCACCAUUCUCGACCUCGAGACCCACCCGGUUCCCGUUGACACAGUCGCCAUUACCCUGAUUCAGGACCUCGCUGGCGAGCUGUACAUCGCCAAGACUGAAAUCGAGAAGACCGCUCCUCCCCCCGAGCGUCUCUCCUGGAAGAAGUGCAAUGGAAAGGCCAAGUGCCUCCAGGAGCUUCUGGUCUCUCGCGUGCGUGGUCUCCUGGCCGCUGCGAAGGCCCGCGUCCUGGGCAUGGCAGGCAAGGGUGGCCGUAAGGGCUGUCACGGCAAGCAUCACGGCAUGAUGGGCAUGGGAGGCCACCACGGUCCUCCCAAGCACCACGACGAGUUUUUCUCUGAGGGUAUGCCACUCUUCGAGGAAUUCGAGGACUUCGCCAAGGAGCACCACCACAAGGGUCACCACCACCACCAGGACGGUAACUUCGACCACCCGCCUCCUCCUCACGGUGCUUUCGCCCACACUUUAUCCCGCUUGCUCCGCUUCAUUGUUAUCCCUGCUAUCCUUGGUGUUCUGGCUGGUCUGGCCGCCAGCGCCGUCGGCAUGCUUGUUGGUCAGGCUGUCAUCUUCCUCUGGCAGCGCUACCGUGGCACCAAGCCUCAGGAGCACAAGGCUGCCUGGGAGCAGGGUGAUGUUUGCGAGAAGCAGGGCCUGAUGACUGAGACUUCUGAGGCUUCCGAGACUUCCGAGGAUUUCCUUCCUGAGUACAAUGAUCCUGUUUCCCGACGGGGAUCUUUGGAUAAGAGCUAAACAUUCAACAUUCAAAUUGCCAACCCUUCCCCCUUUUUUUUCCUAUUUAUCAAUCCCAAUGCCCAUACAAUACCCGAAGUCAAGAUUGAAGGAGACACUGUUUCUCUGAAUGCAAAGCAAAAAUGCUAUACUGCUGGCUGAGCCUUGAUUCACUUCCAUGACUCAUGUCUCUUACCACUCCAUUUCUCUUUUUGUUAUUACCCUUGAUGUCCAGCUUAUACAGCGAAUUUCCUUCAAUACAUUUUUUACUCAAUUGUAC